UCACCAACACGCCGCGCGCAUUCUGCGCAGCUCUGUUCCAGUACAGCUGGGCUCCCGCUACGCAGAGCGCGCACCGUUUUUUGCGGAAGUGGUCUGCAGGGAAUGUCGCCUCGGCAGUGAUCGGUUACUCGGAGCGGCUCUGAGCGGCGGGAUGGCACAACAGAAGAAUCUGGAGGGGUAUGUUGGCUUCGCGAGCCUCCCCAACCAAGUUUACAGAAAGUCCGUGAAACGCGGCUUUGAGUUCACACUAAUGGUUGUGGGUGAAUCAGGGUUGGGCAAGUCCACACUGAUUAACUCUCUCUUCCUCACGGACCUGUACUCCUCAGAAUACCCGGGACCGUCACAUAGAGUCAAGAAGACCGUUCAGGUAGAGCAGUCCAAAGUGGUGCUGAAGGAAGGAGGAGUUCAGCUGCUCCUCACGAUGGUGGACACUCCUGGUUUUGGAGAUGCUGUAGACAACAGUAACUGCUGGCAGCCGGUCAUCGAUCACAUCGACAGUAAGUUUGAGGAUUACCUGAAUGCAGAGUCACGUGUCAACAGGCGGCAGAUGCCGGACAGCAGGGUCCACUGCUGCUUGUACUUCAUAGCACCCUCAGGGCACGGGCUGAAGCCGCUGGACAUUGAGUUUAUGAAACGGUUGCAUGAGAAGGUGAACAUCAUCCCACUGAUUGCCAAAGCGGACACCCUCACCCCAGAAGAGUGCCAACAGUUUAAGAAACAGAUUAUGAGAGAAAUCCAGGAGCACAAAAUCAAAAUCUAUGAGUUUCCAGAGACUGAUGAUGAAGAAGAGAACAAGCUUGUGAAAAAGAUCAAAGAUCGGCUGCCUCUGGCUGUAGUUGGCAGCAACACCAUCAUCGAGGUGAACGGGAAGAAGAUUAGAGGGAGGCAGUACCCGUGGGGGGUGGCAGAAGUUGAAAAUGGAGAUCACUGUGAUUUCACCAUUCUACGAAACAUGCUCAUCAGGACCCACAUGCAGGACCUGAAGGACGUAACCAACAACGUCCACUAUGAGAACUAUAGAAGCCGGAAGCUUGCCGCCGUCACCUGCAAUGGAAUGGACAACAACAAGGCCAAAGGCCAGCUUACGAAAGCUGACUCGGUUGAAGGCAUGAGCCCUCUGGCCCAGAUGGAGGAGGAGAGGCGAGAGCACGUGGCCAAGAUGAAGAAGAUGGAGAUGGAGAUGGAGCAGGUCUUUGAGAUGAAAGUCAAAGAGAAGAUCCAGAAGCUGAAAGACUCGGAGGCAGAGCUGCAGCGGCGUCAUGAGCAGAUGAAGAAGAAUCUGGAGGCGCAGCACAAAGAGCUGGAGGAGAGGAGGCGCCAGUUUGAGGAUGAGAGAGCCAACUGGGAGGCUCAACAGCGCUUCCUGGAGCAGCAGAAACUUGACGCGUCCAGGACUUUGGAAAAGAACAAGAAGAAAGGGAAGAUAUUUUAAAACCAUUUUCAGGAUGAGCAGGUUGUUUUCAUCGCCACUUUUCCCCCAGACCAGUUAUUUCAGUGAGUGCUGCACGUUUUCGGCUGAGUGUCGUCUGUGAGUGCUGCUGGAGGCAAACAGCUGGGUGUGGACUAAAGUCCGCCUUACUUUAGGCAAGCCAAACCCUUAUAAACGUGUGUACAUAUAUAUCGAAUUCUAUACUCUUCAUAGUUUUCGUUUCCCAUUUAACAGCAGGUGUCCACAGUUAUACGCGACCGUCAAACAAUCAUCUUUUCGGCGGUUACUGUUGCCAAUUCCUUAAAUUUCCAAGAUGUCAAACAAAAACACAAUUUAUACGACAGACUGUACCUCUUUGUUUUCAGUAUGCAUAAACCUCAUUCCAGAAGACGUUUUAACAGAGGGUGGUUUGAGAAACUGUUAAAAACUUACAUGAAUUGACGAGCAAAACUUGUUUUUUGUAUGUGUUCAUUGAAAGUGUUUUGUCUAGUCACUAUCCUUGGACCACCUCAUAUAACUUCAUUAAUAUUUCAGUUAGUUUAUUUUUUAUAUAUAAAUGUAUAUGUAUCCCGAGCCAGCUAAAAUAAUAUUUUUUCUAUAUCGUAGAAUACUCGGCAGACCAGUUUUGUAAAAGAAUUGACAGGUUCAGCUGUAAUCCUGUGAUAAAAGGGUGUAAAUCCUGUAUAUCCGUAACCCCACCCGUUAUACUCCCAAUAUGACUUUGUUGUAGUCUGUGGUAAAAGCAAGCUCACAGCGUAUUUCCCCCCUUUGGUUAUGUACUCCGUAUUUUUUAAAAUUUAUUUUUCAUUUGUUAUUGUACAGCCACUUAAUAAACGUGUGAUAUGGAUUGAGGUAAUAA